AUGGCUCGCCCGACUGAAGCUAGAACUAGUUCUAGCCCUACGGAGAGGACGGAGAGGACGGAGAGCCUUUCAGUGCCAAGAGUAUUCACCUUCCCCCCACGGUCCAAUCGCUCAGAAGUCAGUGUUCCCUUUCAACUGGCGCGGGAUCCUGAUCUGGUGGUAGCUACCCAUCCGGAUUCCUGGGGAGUAGAGGAGUUGCAACAGAGCCACAACGACGCGAUCAGCAUCGAGACCAAUCACAGGCAACUGGAUGCGAGUGAGCAAUUGCAGGGAUCUCUGACCGAGAGCCAAAGGUUUUCAAAUACCAGCUCUCCAGGACAUCGGAUCCAGAGGAACGAUAGGGACGUCGUCCAGUUCAGUCCAGUCAAUUGGCAUCCAGUCCAGCGGCGUGACACCUGGGUCAAGAUGGAGGAAUUCGCGAGCGAGACGGAUAGUGAGUACACCAGUUACUGGAGGGAUUGGUUCAUCUCGUCGCGAGGCAACGAAUACUUUUGCGAAAUCGAUGAAGAUUAUCUUACCGACCGUUUUAAUCUCACAGGCUUGAAUGCCGAAGUCCAGUACUACCAGUAUGCUCUAGACCUGGUCACCGACGUCUUUGACCUCGAUUGCGAUGACGAUAUGCGAGAGCAGAUAGAAAAGUCCGCACGCCAUCUCUACGGACUUGUGCAUGCCCGGUACAUCACAACGAUCCGAGGCUUAGCAAAAAUGCUGGACAAGUACAAGAAGGGCGACUUCGGCAAGUGCCCUCGUGUUAUGUGUCAAGCGCAUCCUUUGUUACCUACAGGUCUAUCGGAUGUGGCGAAUGUUCAAUCCGUCAAACUAUUCUGCGGUAAAUGCGAAGAUCUCUAUAAUCCCAAAUCAUCCCGUCACGCUAGUAUCGAUGGUGCGUACUUUGGCACUUCAUUCCAGAAUAUUCUUUACCAGGUCCACCCAACUCUAGUCCCUGAGAAGUCGAUUGCACGAUACCAGCCCCGCGUUUUCGGUUUCAAGGUUCAUGCAGCAGCGGCGCUAGAGAGAUGGCAGAGUCAGAAGAGGGAUGAGAUGCAGGAUAGAUUGAAGGAUGCCCUGGGAGUUGACAAGCUAUUCAAGGAAGACUACGAGGUCGAUGACGAGAUGGCAGAAGAUGAGCCUGGCCCUGAUGGGCUUGAUGCCAUGGAUGGCACGGUACCUCAGUGA